AUGUCGGCCUCUGAGCCCCCACAGAACGGCAUCUCUGCCAAUCCAGAUAUGUUCGAUGAGAAAAAGGGAAAGGCAAACCGCAGAUCAGAGUCGGACGAUCCCACCACCCAGCAAGCUGAGCAUGCCUCCGACCCGACGUCCGGGAGUGAUUCCGAUAGCUCGAAGAAGACGCGGCCUGAUGGAAAGCGGGAACUGAGCGAGGAUGACUGCUACAAUAAACUCGGCUUUUGCUUUCCGUGGUACAAAAAGUGGACCAUCCUGUCGGUCGUCUUUAUGGUUCAGAUGUCCAUGAACUUCAACACCGGUGUGUACUCGGAUGCGCUUACCGGCAUCGAGAAUGAGUUUGGUGUUAGCGCGCAAGCGGCGCGUGUCGGGCAGAUGAUAUUCCUCGUUGCCUAUGCAUUCGGUUGUGAGCUGUGGGCUCCGUGGAGUGAAGAAUUUGGACGAUGGCCGAUCAUGCAGCUUAGUUUGUUCCUCGUCAACAUCUGGCAAAUCCCUUGCGCCCUGGCACCUAACUUUGGCACCAUUGUGGUAUGCCGAUUUCUGGGAGGUCUAAGCUCAGCUGGUGGCUCCGUCACCUUGGGUAUGACUGCCGACAUGUGGGAGAUUGACGAUCAGGGGUUCGCUGUGGCAUAUGUCGUCCUCUCGUCGGUGGGUGGAUCCACCAUCGGGCCUGUGUUUGGUGGUUUCAUCGGCCAGUAUCUCUCGUGGCCCUGGGUAUUUUGGGUGCAGUUGAUCGUGGGUGGCUUCACACAAGUCCUGCACUUUUUCUUAGUUCCCGAGACGAGAUCAUCCAUCCUGAUAGACCGCGAAGCUAAGCGCCGCCGCAAAUCCGGUGAAGACCCCAAUAUCUACGGUCCCAAUGAAUUGAAGGAGAGCCGCCUGAGCGUCAAAGAGAUCCUGCGGAUCUGGAAGCGUCCUUUUGAGAUGUUUAUCCGCGAGCCCAUUGUUCUCUGCUUGUCUCUUCUGUCCGGUUUCUCCGAUGCCCUGAUCUUCACAUUCACAGAAUCUUUCACCCUCGUGUUUGAUCAGUGGGGCUUUGACACCCUAACCAACGGCCUGGCCUUUUGUGCUAUUCUGCUCGGAUAUAUUAUCGCAUACCUUAUCUUCCUGCCGGAUAUUUGGCGACAGCGCCAAAUCCGCAAGACGGAAGGCAACGCCGCCCGCUUUGCAGAGCGCCGCCUGCUUUUGCUCUUAUUUCUCGCUCCCCUCGAGCCUAUUGGGUUGCUAGGUUUUGCGUGGACGUCUAUCGGGCCUGCCUAUGCACCAUGGAUUGCCCCGUUGAUCUUCGCCUGUCUCAUUGCCAUUGCCAACUAUGCCAUCUACAUGGCCACGAUCGACUACAUGGUGGCUGCCUACGGUGUGUACUCUGCUUCUGCGACCGGUGGCAACGGGUUUGCCCGUGACUUUCUCGCUGGCAUUGCAACCAUGUAUGCCACACCACUAUAUGAGAACAUUGGUGGCAAGUUCCACCUGGCAUGGGGUAGUACGCUGCUGGGAUGCAUUGCUGCGUUGGUGGCGAUUCCAAUCUAUGUUUUCUACUGGAAGGGACCGGAGAUUCGACGACGCAGCAAGUUUGCCCAGACAUUAGCAGCCGAUCGUGAAAAACAUGCUGGUCGUCGAGCCAGUCGGCUUCGCAGAGAAUCUUUGCCUUAUGCUUAA